UUCUUCCUGUUUCUCUUCCAGAGCCCCAGCUCAAAGGCAUCAUCACAAAGCUUUUCUGCCGUCAGGGUUUCUAUCUCCAGGCCAAUCCAGAUGGAAGUAUCAAUGGGACACGAGAGGAUACCAGCUCAUUCACCCAGUUUAACCUGAUCCCUGUGGGUCUCCGUGUGGUCACUAUCCAGAGCACCAAACUGGGGCAUUAUGUAGCCAUGAAUUCGGAAGGGCUACUCUACAGCUCGCCACACUUUACAGCAGAGUGUCGCUUUAAGGAGUGUGUCUUUGAGAAUUAUUAUGUCCUCUACGCCUCUGCCCUCUACCGCCAGCGUCGUUCAGGCAGAGCCUGGUAUUUGGGUAUGGACAAGGAGGGCCAAGUCAUGAAGGGAAAUAGAGUCAAGAAGACCAAAGCGGCUGCCCACUUUGUGCCCAAGCUCCUUGAAGUGGCCAUGUACCGGGAACCUUCCCUGCACAACGUACCGGAAACAUCUCCUGCAAAUGACAAGCCUCCAGCCCCCUUACCUCCUGAAACAUAA